GAACACACACACAACUACACAAGUCACACGACCGCCUUUCUUCUUCUCCACCUCUUUUUCUCUCUCCUCUCUCUCUCACACAGAGCAUAAAACAGGAGGAGGAAGAAACAGAGAACCCCUAAAACCAAAACCCUCAAAAAGAAAAAAAGAAAAAAAACUAUCCUUUUAUGGAUGAUUUAUUAACACGAUUGAAUUCCCAAUUUCCCUUUUGAGAAUUUAAAGCAGAAUCGCGUUGAUAGACCGUGGAUUCUUCGAAUCACACCAUUUGCUUUGUGCUUCUCUUUCUCUCUCUACCACUGUCUCUUUCUUUCUGCAUUGUGCGUGCUUCGUACGGUCUAUCAACGCUCUCUCUGCUCUCCAUUCUCUUUCUUAAAUCCCCCCAAAAAGCUAACAUCUUUUUCUUAAUUUUCAGCUUAAUUAUUGUACCAUUUAUUAUAAUUAGUUGAUGUUAUUCUUGCUGUUGAAUUUCUUCUUGUGUUGUUGAUUUAAGUGUGUGAUUGAGCGAGAUAUGGAAGGAGAGAAUAAGGUUUCGGAUGAUUCGAGGCCGAAUUACUGGCUAGAUGCCUGUGAGGAGCAAGAUGAUAUAAUUCCGUGCGAGUUUAUCGGCGAUUUUGGCGAAUUCGGGAGCUGUAAUCAGCCUGAAGUUGCCGGCAUUGAUCCGAGCUUCUUCGGCGGGAUUGAUCAUAUACUUGAUAGUAUCAAGAAUGGUGCAGGAUUGCCUAUUGCUGCUGAUAAUAAUGAUGGUAUGGAUAUUAUUACUCCUCCUCCUACUACUCCUAAAGAUAUGCAAGUUGAGAAUUUAGUUGUGAAUUGUAAUGUGGAAGUUCAAAGAUCAUCUGACAACAAAUUGAAUGGUGUUGAUAAUGGUAGUAAUAAUAUGAACAUUGAUAAUGAUAAUGAUAAUAAUAUGAAUAUGAAUAAUGGGGAUGGAGAUAAGGGUGUUGUUGUUGAUGUUAGAACGAGUAAUGGAGAUUCGAAAAGGCCGAGUGCUAGAGAGGAUUGUAACGUUGAUAGAGACCGGGAUAGUGAAGAGAGAGGUGGAAAGAGGACUCGUCUAAGUAGUGGUUUUAGAGACGAGAGAGGAUAUUCAAGUCGUGUGCAGAGUUAUGGGGAGAGUAAUGGAAGGAAAAGGUAUCGAGAGUUUGACGAAACUGGACGGAGGGAUAGGGAUAGGGAUAGGGAUAGGGACUUGGGUGGUAGGAGAAGGGAGUAUAAUAAUAAUGGGAGGAGAGAAAGUCGGGAUAGGGAAAGGAGAGAUAGAGAAGGAAAAGGUUAUUGGGAGAGGGAAGGGCCGGGGAUGAAGGAAAUUGUGUAUCGUGUGGGUUCAUAUGAACCUGCCCGAAAUAGAGACGCAAACAAGGUGGAGUUUGGGAAGAACCAAGAGUGCAACGUGAGGGUUGGGAAGAAUGAGGAGGGUAAUAAUAAGGAGAAGAAUUUGGAGGAACGGGCACGCCAUUAUCAGUUGGAAGUACUUGAGCAGGCGAAGCAGAAAAAUACUAUUGCUUUCCUGGAGACUGGUGCCGGAAAGACUCUAAUUGCUGUUUUACUUAUUAAAAGUAUCUGCAAUAGAUUGCAACAGCAGAACAAGAAAGUGCUUGCUGUUUUUUUGGUGCCAAAGGUUCCACUAGUUUAUCAGCAAGCAGAAGUUAUACGCGAACAAACUGGAUACAGUGUAGGACAUUACUGUGGUGAAAUGGGUCAAGAUUUCUGGGACACUCGGCGAUGGCAACGGGAGUUUGAAACUAAGCAGGUAUUGGUCAUGACUGCUCAGAUUUUGUUGAACAUUUUAAGGCAUAGCAUAAUCAAAAUGGAAUAUAUACAUCUACUUAUUCUUGACGAGUGUCACCAUGCCGUCAAGAAACAUCCAUAUUCACUAGUGAUGUCUGAAUUCUAUCACACAACUCCAAAGGAGAAAAGACCUGCUAUUUUUGGGAUGACUGCUUCCCCUGUUAACUUGAAGGGUGUUUCCAGCCAAGUGGAUUGUGCUAUCAAGAUACGUAACCUAGAGACUAAGUUGGAUUCCGUAGUUUGUACAAUAAAAGAUCGUAAGGAGUUGGAGAAACAUGUUCCAAUGCCAUCAGAAAUUGUUGUGGAAUAUGAUAAAGCAGCGUCUUUGCUGUAUCUACAUGAACAGAUCACACAAAUGGAAGUAACAGUUGAAGAAGCUGCACGAGCAAGUACAAGAAAGAGCAAAUGGCAAUUUAUGGGGGCUAGGGAUGCAGGAGCCAAGGAAGAGCUACGCCAGGUCUAUGGUGUCUCUGAAAGAACUGAGAGUGACGGUGCUGCUAAUUUGAUUCAAAAAUUAAGGGCUGUUAACUACGCACUUGGUGAACUGGGACAGUGGUGUGCUUACAAGGUUGCACACAAUUUUUUAGUAGCCUUACAAAAUGAUGAGAGGGCAAAUUACCAGCUUGAUGUCAAGUUUCAAGAAUCCUAUUUGAGCAAGGUGGUUGCACUUUUACAGUGUCAGUUAUCAGAGGGAGCUGCUUUCAACAAGGAUGCCAGCAGUACAGAAGAAGUGAAUGGCUUCCAUCAAGAUAAUGGCAGUGUUGAUGAGAUUGAGGAGGGAGAGCUUCCUGAUUGUCAUGUUGUCUCUGGUGGAGAGCAUGUUGACGUUGUCAUUGGAGCUGCUGUAGCUGAUGGGAAAGUCACCCCCAAAGUGCAGUCACUGGUAAAAGUACUGAUGAAGUACCAGCACACUGAUGAUUUCCGUGCAAUCAUCUUUGUUGAGAGAGUUGUGGCUGCAUUGGUUCUUCCAAAGGUUUUUGCUGAGCUUCCAUCUUUAAAUUUUAUCAAGUGUGCAAGUUUGAUUGGACAUAACAAUAAUCAGGAAAUGCGAACGUCACAGAUGCAGGAUACAAUUGCUAGAUUCCGGGAUGGUCGUGUGACUUUGCUAGUUGCCACUAGUGUUGCUGAGGAAGGUCUUGAUAUUCGACAAUGUAAUGUGGUGAUUCGCUUUGACCUUGCAAAAACUGUUUUGGCAUACAUCCAAUCUAGGGGACGUGCAAGAAAGCCAGGAUCAGAUUAUAUCUUGAUGGUUGAAAGGGGGAAUAUGUCACAUGAAACAUUUCUAAGGAAUGCUAGAAACAGUGAAGAAACUUUGCGUAAAGAAGCAAUUGAGAGGACUGACAUAAGUCAUCUCAAGGGUACUGCAGGAUUAGUAUCAGCAGAUAAUGUCCCGGGUUCAGUGUACCAGGUAGCUUCUACUGGUGCUACUGUGAGCUUGAAUUCUGCUGUAGGCCUCAUCCAUUUUUACUGUUCGCAGCUACCCAGUGAUAGGUAUUCAAUACUUCAUCCAGAAUUCAUCAUGGAGCGGCAUGAGAAGCCAGGUGGAUCUACAGAAUAUUCUUGUAGGCUUCAUCUCCCUUGUAACGCUCCUUUCGAAAACCUUGAGGGCCCGUUAUGCAGUUCAAUGCGUCUUGCACAGCAGGCUGUUUGCCUUGCUGCUUGCAAGAAGCUUCACGAGAUGGGGGCAUUUACCGACAUGCUCUUGCCUGACAAGGGAAGUGGGGAAGAUGGAGAAAAGAUUGAGCCAAAUGAUGAAGGAGAACCACUUCCAGGAACUGCAAGACAUCGAGAAUUCUAUCCUGAAGGCAUAGCUUCGAUACUUCGGGGGGAAUGGAUCUUGUCUGGCAGAGAUGGUUGUGAUAACUCCAAAAUAUUUCAUCUCUAUAUGUAUGUUGUGAAAUGGGAACAUGUAGGAUCCUCGAAGGAUCCAUUCUUGACCCAAGUUUCAGAAUUUUCAGUACUUUUUGGCAGUGAGCUGGAUGCAGAGGUGUUAUCGAUGUCGAUGGAUCUCUUUAUCGCUCGAACCAUGAAGAUUAAGGCCUCUCUUGUCUUUCGGGGCUCUGUAGAUGUCACAGAAAGCCAGCUAGCAUCCCUGAAGAGUUUCCACGUGAGAAUGAUGAGCAUCAUACUGGACGUGGAUGUAGAACCUUCUACAACUCCGUGGGAUUCUGCAAAGGCUUAUCUUUUUGUCCCUAUGGUUGGCGAUAAAUCUUUAGAUCCUUUAAAAGAAAUAGACUGGGAUCUCAUUGAGACUAUAACUAGGACAGAUACGUGGAACAAUCCCUUGCAAAGGGCUCGACCAGAUGUUUACUUGGGAACAAAUGAGCGGAGUCUGGGUGGGGAUAGGAGAGAGUAUGGGUUUGGGAAGCUGCGUUAUGGCAUGGCAUUUGGGCAGAAAUCUCAUCCUACUUAUGGUAUCAGAGGAGCAGUUGCACAGUAUGAUGUGGUCAAGGCUUCUGGAUUGGUUCCUGAUCGGGAUUACAGUUUGCAGGACAAUCUAGAACUGCCGAAAGGAAAGUUGAUGUUGGCUGAUACCUGCAUUAGCGCAGAAGACUUGGUGGGUAAAAUUGUGACAGCUGCUCACUCUGGAAAGAGGUUUUUCGUUGAUUCGGUGCGUUAUGAUAUGACUGCAGACAACUCAUUUCCCAGGAAAGAAGGGUAUCUUGGUCCUUUGGAGUAUAGUUCAUAUGCAGACUACUAUAAACAGAAGUAUGGAGUCGAAUUGAUCUAUAAGAAACAACCUUUACUUAGAGGUCGUGGUGUUUCAUAUUGCAAGAAUCUCCUUUCCCCUAGAUUUGAACAUUCAGAAGAACAUGUGGGUGAAUCUGAGGAGACCCUUGACAAAACUUACUAUGUUUAUCUACCUGCUGAAUUGUGUUUUGUACAUCCACUUCCUGGAGUGCUAGUUCGAGGUGCCCAGAGACUCCCGUCUAUAAUGAGACGUGUGGAAAGCAUGCUACUUGCUGUUGAACUUAAAAGUAUCAUUAACUACCCUGUCCCUGCUUCCAAGAUUCUGGAAGCUUUAACUGCAGCCUCUUGUCAAGAGACAUUUUGUUAUGAAAGAGCCGAGCUCCUUGGAGACGCUUAUUUGAAAUGGGUUGUUAGUAGAUUUCUAUUUCUCAAAUAUCCCCAAAAACACGAGGGUCAGCUCACGCGAAUGAGACAGCAAAUGGUAAGCAAUAUGAUAUUAUACCACCAUGCACUUGAAAAGGGGCUUCAGUCAUAUAUCCAAGCAGAUCGCUUUGCACCCUCUAGGUGGGCUGCUCCUGGUGUUCUUCCAGUCUUUGACGAGGACAUCAAAGAAGGGGAAUCAUCUUUAUUUGGUCAGGAAAAGGGUAAUGCAAAGACUGGUCUUGAAAAAGAUGUCAAUAAUAACUAUGAUGAUGAUGAUGAUGAAAUGGAAGAUGGUGAAGUUGAAAGUGAUUCAAGUUCUUACAGAGUCCUUUCUAGCAAGACAUUGGCAGAUGUUGUUGAAGCACUCAUUGGAGUUCAUUAUGUUGAAGGCGGAAAGAUAGCUGCUAACCACUUCAUGAAAUGGAUUGGAAUAGAUAUAGAGUUUAAUCCUGAUGAAAUCGUGUGUCCAAAGAGACCAAGUGUAGUUCCAGAAGGUGUUCUUAGAAGUGUGAAUUUCGAUGCGUUAGAAGGUGCUCUAAAGAUUCAAUUUCGAGACCGGACGUUCUUGAUUGAAGCAAUUACUCAUGCGUCACGUCCGUCUUCUGGAGUUUCCUGUUACCAGCGACUAGAGUUUGUGGGUGAUGCAGUCUUGGAUCAUCUUAUAACCAGGCACUUGUUCUUCAAAUAUACAGAUUUGCCCCCUGGCCGUCUGACAGAUUUGCGUGCUGCAGCAGUUAACAAUGAAAAUUUCGCCCGAGUUGCGGUUAAACACGAGCUUCAUAUGCAUUUACGACAUGGGUCCACUGCCUUGGAGAAGCAGAUACGGGAUUUUGUGAAGGAAGUUGGAGUUGAGUUGUCAAAACCUGGAUUUAAUUCAUUUGGCUUAGGGGAUUGCAAGGCCCCAAAGGUUCUUGGUGAUAUAGUUGAAUCCAUUGCCGGGGCUAUUUUCCUAGAUAGCAGUCAUGACACUGCAGUUGUGUGGAGAGUAUUUGAGCCUUUAUUGCAACCAAUGGUUACUCCAGAGACACUCCCAAUGCAUCCGGUGAGAGAGUUGCAAGAACGAUGUCAGCAGCACGCUGAAGGUCUGGAAUAUAAGGCCAGUCGAGAUGGGAAUUUAGCGACUGUUGAAGUUUAUGUGGAUGGAGUACAGAUUGGAGUGGCGCAUAAUGCGCAGAAAAAGAUGGCACAAAAACUGGCUGCACGCAACGCUCUAGUAGUUCUCAAGGAAAAAGAAAACGCAGAAGCUCUGGAUAAAGCGGAGGAAAAUGAGAAAAAGAAAAAGAACGUUGGACAAACAUUCACAAGGCAGACAUUAAAUGACAUUUGCUUACGUAGAAAUUGGCCCAUGCCACUUUACAGGUGUGUGAAUGAAGGUGGUCCAGCACAUGCGAAGAGGUUUACAUUUGCAGUGCGGGUGAAUACCACGGAUAAAGGUUGGACAGGUGAAUGCGUUGGAGAGCCUAUGCCUAGUGUUAAGAAGGCCAAAGACUCGGCUGCUGCACUUCUCUUGGAGCUUCUCAACAAAUGGUAUUCAUGAUUUUCGACUGUGAUCCCAGAGUUGAGUUUUCUUUAUUCUCUGUAUUGUAAUUGCACUUGCACUGAAGCAUGGCUGUUUGAGAUUAUUAAUUACCUUCUGUUGUAAUACUAAUUUUAGUUCUGUAACCUAAUGUCAAAGUGAAAUACUGUUGGUUUCAUUUGCAGUUUUGUAUUUUUUUUGGGGGGUAUAUUAGGAAUAAAGAAAGAAGAGGAAACACUUUAGGUAUUUCAUGGUAGAGAUCAUGUUGAUCACCUAACAGUAGAAUGUGAGUAAAUUAUCCAGUGGAUAGAUGUACGAGAAUGACUAAUAUAGUAGUAUCUCUGUAUGAGGGUUUUUUUUCCUGCAAAUGGAAUUUUCCAUUUUUAUUUUAUUGAACUUAAUAAUAAUAAUAAAGUAAUCUUGUUUUAUUUGUAAUAUUAAAUCAAUGACAGUUUAUGGUGUUGUUUUA